AUGCCAAUCAGCCGGAAAGUUUGGACUUGGGCCGUUGUAACGGCGGUUAUAGCCGUCCUGGUCGUUCUCUUCGGGCCAUCCAUCAUCGGACCGGAGAGUAUAGUUGGCUCUAAAAACGUCUUAACCGCGGCGAGGAUGAUCCCGCUUCCCGUAGAAGGACCGGAGAGCCUGGACUGGGACCCGCAAGGAGGAGGCCCAUACGUCGGAGUCACCGACGGUCGCAUUCUCAAGUGGCGCGGGGAGGAUCUUGGUUGGGUCGAAUUCGCCUACACAUCUCCCCACAGAGAGAACUGUUCAAGCACUAAGGUGGAACCUGCGUGUGGAAGGCCUUUGGGACUGAGCUUCGAGAAGAAAUCGGGAGAUUUGUACUUUUGUGACGGUUACUUUGGGAUAAUGAAGGUCGGGCCUCAAGGAGGAUUGGCUGAGAUGGUCAUUGACGAAGUCGAAGGCCAGAAAAUUAUGUUUGCGAACCAAAUGGAUAUAGACGAAGAAGAGGAUGUUAUCUACUUCAACGAUAGUAGCGACACCUACCACUUCGGGGACGUAUUCUACGCGUUUGUCUGCGGCGAAAAGACGGGAAGAGCGAUUCGAUACGACAAGAAAACGAAACAGGCCAAAGUUAUUAUGGACCAUCUCCAUUUCCCUAAUGGUCUUGCCUUAAGCAAAGAUGGUUCGUUCGUGCUUUCAUGUGAGGUCCCAACGCAACUUGUGCAUCGAUAUUGGGUCAAGGGACCAAAAGCCGGGACCCGCGAUAUAUUCGCAAAGCUCCCGGGCUACGCUGAUAACAUCAGGAGGACCGAGACAGGGGAUUUCUGGGUUGCCUUGCAUUCCAAGAAAACUCCAUUUUCUAGGUUUUCGUUGAUGCAUCCGUGGAUUGGAAAAUUCUUCAUGAAGACUUUGAAGUUGGAACUGUUGGUUUUUCUUUUCGAAGGAGGGAAGCCUCAUGCCGUGGCCGUGAAACUCUGCGGCGAGACUGGUGAAGUUGUGGAGAUUCUUGAGGAUAGUGAAGGGAAGACAAUGAAGUUUAUAAGUGAGGUUCAAGAGAGAGAUGGUAAACUCUGGUUUGGUUCUGUUUUCCUGCCUUCUGUUUGGGUUCUGGAUCGUCUGUGA